CUGUUGGAAAAAAUAACGCGUGCAAACGCGCUACUACUGGCGCAUGCGCAAUUUAGUCUUUAUGCCAAACGGGCGCUUUUGGGGCGGAGAUGAAACCCGCUGCUUGCUGCAGAAAUAUCUGAUAAUCAACAAACCCAGUGAUGCUCAGUGCAGACUGACAUGGCAGUUUUCCUCGGAGGACUGUGAGUGGAUCUUCAAGAGAAUGCGGGAACCGACAUCACCGUCGUUCUCCAACUGCAGUCGAAUCCCUGAAGUCUUUCCGUAGCCAGCGUUUGAACUAUUUUCUGUAAUAGCUCACACAUGCUUCCCACAUGCCACCGGCUUGUAAAUAAAGGGAGAACCUUUUUGAAAUAAAGGGCUGUUUUUGCACUCGUCACACGUCAUCACUUUUACUGAUCACUGCGUCUGGUUGCCAUUUUUUAUGCGCUUUCUGGUCUGUAACUGGUUUGAUCUUAAUGAAACAUGGAGGCCAGUAUGGAAUAUAUUGUGGAACAGGUGAUGCAGAAAGACCUGGGACGGCGACUCCAGGUCGGACAAGAGAUCAUAGACUAUGUUUUGGACAGGCAGAGGUCACAUGACCUGGAGCAUGAUCAGACCAUGCUGGACAAGAUGGUGGACGGCUUGGCUACUUCGUGGGUCAACUCGAGCAACUUCAAGGUGGCUCUUCUGGGAAUGGACAUUGUGUCUGCUUUAGUCACCAGAUUACAAAAUAAUUUUAAACCCCAAAUUGGUACAGUCCUGCCCAGUUUAACAGACCGUUUAGGUGAUGCCAAAGACCAAGUAAGAGACCAAGCCCAUUCUCUGCUGUUAAAAAUAAUGGAUCAAGCUGCCAAUCCACAGUAUGUAUGGGACCGCAUGUUGGCAGGAUUCAAACACAAGAACAACAGGACCAGAGAGGCUGUCUGUUUUUGCCUUAUUUCAACAUUAAAUAUAUAUGGAGCCAGGGGUUUAACUCUGAGCAAGAUUGUGCCUCACAUAUGUGGUCUGUUAGGAGACCCUACAAGUCAGGUUCGAGAUGGAGCUAUGAACUGUCUUGUGGAGAUUUACAGACAUGUCGGAGAGAGAGUGCGAAUGGAUCUUGGGAAAAAAGGCUUGCCACAAUCAAGGUUGAAUGUCAUUUUUAGUAAAUUUGACGAAGUACAGCGAUCUGGAAAUAUGGUUCUGUCUGUAGAUAAGAAUAUAGAUGAUGACGACUCUGUGGAUGGAGGACGUUCCUCUGCCUCCUCUAAAGGAGCAGCUUCUGUCCGCCGAACAGGAUCCAUGCGCAGGCCUAGCUCUGGCUCCAGCACCAAGAGCGCAGGCAAAGAGGUGUCAGGUGCUGGUGCUGUGGAUGAGGAAGACUUCAUCUGUGCCUUUGAAGAUGUGCCCACGGUACAGAUUUACUCCAACAGAGAGCUUGAGGAGUCCAUGAAUAAAAUCAGAGAGGUCCUCUCAGAUGAAAAGCAAGACUGGGAGCACAGAGUGUUGGCGCUGAAGAAGGUACGUUCGCUGCUGCUUGCCGGAGCCACCGAUCACGAAGUGUUCCUUCAGCAACUGAGGCAGCUGGAAGUAGCGUUAAAGCUCUCAGCUAAAGACCUGCGCUCUCAAGUUGUCCGUGAGGCCUGCAUUACACUGGGGUAUUUGUCAUCUGUUCUGGGUAACAAGUUUGACCAUGGAGCAGAGUCCAUCAUGCCCACACUGCUCAAUCUCGUUCCCAACAGCACUAAAGUGAUGGCCACAUCCGGUGCAGCAGCCAUCCGCCUUAUCAUACGACACACACACUAUCCUCGGCUUAUCCCCAUCAUUACCAGUAACUGCACGUCUAAAUCCGUGGCUGUCCGUCGGCGCUGUUAUGAGUUUUUAGACCUUUUACUCCAGGAAUGGCAGACGAGCUGUCUGGAGAGACAUGUCCCUGUUCUGAUGGAAACUGUUAAGAAAGGAGUCCAUGAUGCAGACUCAGAAGCCAGAAUGGUUGCUAGAAAGUGUUAUUGGGGCUUCCACGGCCACUUCAGUAAGGAGGCGGAGCAGCUGUUUCAAGCCCUCGAACUGACCUAUCAGAAGGCUCUGCAGUCUCAUCUAAAGAGCUCGGACAGUGUUAUGUCGCUCCCUCAGUCCGAUCGCUCCUCCUCCAGCUCUCAAGAAAGCCUCAAUCGUCCCCAGGCUGGGAAAACACCUGUAGCAAGCAAUGUAACCAGAAAUAAAGUGGUUAGCUCUCGAGUGUCCUCCUCGCCUGGCUCGUUGCAGCGAUCACGCAGCGAUGUUGACGUCAACGCUGCCGCCACAGCAAAGUCUCGAAUGCCCAAAGUACCCGCUGCUGCUCCCUUCACCUCAGCUGGAGCACUGCCACCCGGCUCCUACGCCUCGCUAGAUGCAACUCCUGGUAAUGUGGAGGGUCGUGUACGUACACGGAGACAGAGUUCAGGCAGCAGCGUCGGAGGCGGAGCCUCUGUUACAGACAGUAGGGGGCGGAGCAGAGCGAAAGUGGUGUCACAAUCACAACGAUCCAGGUCAGCAAACCAAGCAGGUGGUAAGACUCACGCUGGGAGUCGUUCCAGUUCUCCAGGGAAGCUUAUUGGUCAGUCCUAUGGCAAGGUGUCCUCUCUGACCCAGGCAGAGAAGCGCAGUAGGAUCCCACGCAGUCAAGGCUGCAGCCGAGAGAGCAGCCCGGGUCGCUCCGGCCAGGUGCGGGGUAGUCGUAUCCCACGGCCCAGUAUGAGUCAGGGUUGCAGUCGUGACACGAGCAGGGAGAGCAGCAGAGACACAAGUCCUGCACGGGGUUUUACUCCCCUUGUGUCUCGGCGUCACUCGCGCUCCACCAGUGCCCUGACCAGCGGCGACGCUCUGCAAACAGAUCGUUUUGGGCUGAUCCAUCAGGCACGGAUCUCUGCUUCAGUCAACGCCAUGCGCAUCCUGAACACAGGCAUGGAGGUGGAGGCAGCAGUGGCUGAUGCUCUGCUGUUAGGAGACUCCAGGAAUAAGCGGAGGCCCAUACGGCGUUGGCACGAGUCUCCAGGCAUGUACUCAGAUGAUGACGCUAACAGCGAUGCCUCCAGCGCCUGUUCAGAGCUUUCCUACAGUUCACGGAACGGAGGAGUGCCACACUACAUGCGUCAGACGGAGGACGUAGCUGAGAUCCUGAACCACUGCGCCAGUUCCAACUGGUCCGAGAGGAAAGAAGGCCUGCUGGGCCUCCAGAACCUUCUGAAGAGCCAAAGAACCCUCAGUCGUGUGGAACUCAAGAGGUUGUGUGAGAUUUUCACUAGGAUGUUCGCCGACCCUCACAGCAAGAGAGUGUUCAGCAUGUUCCUAGAAACCCUGGUGGACUUCAUUGUGCUGCACAGGGACGAUCUGCAGGACUGGCUCUUUGUGCUCCUCACACAGCUGUUGAAGAAGAUGGGUGCUGAUCUUCUGGGAUCAGUGCAGGCCAAAGUGCAGAAAGCUCUCGAUGUCACCAGGGAUUCAUUUCCCUACGAUCAGCAGUUCAACAUUUUAAUGCGCUUCAUCGUCGAUCAGACGCAAACUCCAAACCUCAAGGUGAAGGUGGCCAUUCUGAAGUAUAUCGAGUCUCUAGCCCGGCAAAUGGAUCCCAGUGAUUUUGUGAACUCCAGCGAGACUCGCCUGGCCGUCUCCCGUAUCAUCACCUGGACCACAGAACCCAAGAGCUCAGAUGUCAGAAAGACCCUGCACAGCUGGGUAAGUGAGGAGCUGGCAGGCAGGCUCAGCUCACUCACCCCCCUCCCUGUGGAGGGCAACCUGGAGGAGAGAUGUAAGCAGGCUGCUCAGAUGGUCCUGAUCUCCCUCUUCGAGCUGAACACACCAGAGUUCACCAUGCUCCUGGGUGCGCUGCCUAAAACUUUCCAGGAUGGAGCCACCAAACUCCUGCAUAAUCACCUGAAGAAUUCAAGCAAUGCUGCAGCCAUGAGUUCACCGAGCAACACAGUAGGCCGCACGCCUCCAAGACUCUCUAGUUCCCGCACCAGUCCCCUGACGUCCCCCACAAACUGCUCUCAUGGAGGCCUCUCACCCAGUCGUAUAUGGGGCUGGAGUUCGAACGGUCUAUCAAAGGCCCCGUGUCCCUUCACUCCCCCUCCCUCUGGCCCUGGCACCCCCCCUCACCGACUUGGGCGCCGGGCCCCCUCGCCCAGCAUGCUGGAAUAUGACACAGAGAACAUGAACUCAGACGAGAUCUACAGCUCUCUGCGAGGAGUCACUGAAGCCAUUCAGAGCUUCAGCUUCCGCAGCCAGGAGGACAGCUACGAGCCAAUCAAACGUGACACCAAGAAAGAUGACGCAAGUGCAGUAGCGUCCUCCAUUGCAGACCCACGGCUAGGUACAGACAUGAUGGAGGGAGGCCGAACCGCACUGGACAACAAGACUUCGUUACUGAAUACACCGUCCCCUCGCUCUUUCCUGGGGCCCAAGACACGCGAGUACAAUCCCUACAACUACACUGACUCCAUCAGCACUUACGAUAAAGCUGCUCUGAAGGAGGCAGUGUUCGAUGACGAUGUCGAACAGCUUCGUGAUGGUCGUCGUCAAGAGUUUGGUGAAAACAAAAUCAUGGCUCCCAAAAGUUAUUCUACAGGCCCUGCACAGCACUUGGAGCUGGUCGGUGAUCUCCUGAAGGAGCUGUCCAAUCACAGCGAGCGUGUGGAGGAGAGACGGGCCGCCCUGUUGGAGCUGUUGAAGGUGACCCGUGACGACAGCAUAGCCGUAUGGGAGGAGCAUUUUAAAACCAUGCUGCUGCUGCUUCUGGAGACGCUGGGGGACAAAGAUGUGAGUGAUCUGCUCCAUGUGCAUCACACCAUCCGGGCGCUGGCUCUGCGUGUGCUGAAAGAGAUGUUGCGCAGUCAACCUACACGCUUCAGGAACUAUGCAGAACUGACCAUUAUGAAAACACUGGAGGCGCACAAAGACUCCCACAAAGAGGUGGUGCGUGCUGCAGAGGAAGCCGCGUCCACCCUGGCUUCCUCCAUCCACCCGGAGCAGUGCAUUAAGGUUCUGUGUCCCAUUGUACAGACUGCAGACUACCCCAUCGACCUAGCCGCCAUUAAAAUGCAGACCAAAGUCAUCGAGCGCAUUCCAGAAGAUUCUUUAUAUCAGCUUCUGCCUGACAUCAUCCCCGGCCUACUACAGGGUUAUGAUAACACUGAGAGCAGCGUGAGGAAAGCCAGUGUCUUCUGCCUUGUGGCAAUUUAUUCUGUGAUUGGAGAAGGUCUGAAGCCUCAUCUUGCCCAACUGACAGGCAGCAAGAUGAAACUGCUAAACCUUUACAUCAAGCGAGCCCAAACUACCAACAGCAACAGCAGCAGCUCCUCUGACAUCUCGUCCCACAGCUAAACCGACCAAUCACAUCGGAAGCCAAUCCUAACCUCACGCCCCGUCCAGUUCUACUGAAACAACCCGGUUUCAGAACAUCCCAGGGUCGGAAGUCUUCUGCUAAUGAAAGGACAGUAUGUGGUACUGAACUGGGUUGCUUGUAUUGCUCUACUCUUGAAUCUUGACUCGUGUAAUGUAUCAGACAUCUGUGCCUCAGUCCAGUGGACCUGUUUGUCUGUAUUCUCAGUCUGUUUCUACACUAAAGGAGAACUCUGGCUUUUUGUUGUUGUAUUUAAAUCUCUCAUUACCACAUCUACAGACUAUGUGUAAUAACAACAAUUUAGAAAACAUUUUUCAUUUUUUAGAAAAUUACCCAUUACUGAGAAAACCUCUUCAUAUACUGCUAGCUUAAAAUGAACGUCUCGAGGCAGUUGUCUAGUGGACAAAUAUUUCGAACACUUUUAUAAAUUUAUAAGUUCAUUCUGUAGAAAUCUUUCAGAAUCAGAACAUUCUUGUGAGAGAGAAAUUUGAUGGUAUAUGACAUAGACACUGUAUCUAUGUGUAUGUGACACAAAAUCGUAUCUGAUGAACCCAAACAUGCCAAAACAUAAAAACAUUUUGGUUGAAGUGGUUCGAUCAUUUAGAGUUUUGAAUUCUUGUUAUACAGACUUAAACAUUCAUUCAGCAUCUGCCUUUAGACAUGUGCACCGAAGUUUAAAUCUAAUACAUGCAAAUGUUCAUGAACACGUUGGUGCUUGGACCCCUUUAGAGAAACCGUUCUCUCAGUACUGUGAAGCAUCCAGGGAAACUCCAUACAGAAGAAGUCUGCUGUGAUUACACAUAUUCUACAGUUCUGGUGUGUGAAGAUUAUAAUAGGGGAAAAAAAGCUGUAGUACUCCUUUAAGCUCUUUUUAAAAACAUCAUUCUUUCAGCAGCUUAGCGAAACUAUUUACUGUUGCUGGAGGCAUUUACAAAACAAUCAGGCAUCAAGUUCAUGUAAAAAAAAGUUCUUGGUUGAAAAAACAACAAUCCGCUGCCGUAUAAUUCUUAGCUUUUGUCUAUUCAGCGAAGGACGUUUUAGUAAAUGUAUAAACUAGUUGAACAUUCAUUCCUAUGUAGGGGUUUAGACACCUUUAUCACACUUCUUCUGCUUCAAAUGUCUGGAAAAUUUUGAAAUUUCAUGCACACCUAUAGAAAUUUCACUUUUUGGGGGACUUUUAAUUCUAAAUAUGCAAUUGAUUGUAUUUGUAUAGUAAUUGUCCUUUUGUCCAUGAAGAAAGGAAUGAAUUUAUCCCUGGUUUAAUUAAAAAAAAAAAGAAGAAGAAGAAGAAGAAAAAAAGAUUUUCCCGUUAUACAGCACCUGAAUUUGCUCGAGGAUCAUUCGGCUAGUUUAGACCAAGAACAGAGAUAUAAAAGGACGUUGCUUAAUCUGCUCCAUAGACAACCUUCUUUCUAACUCUUUCUAUCUUAAUGACGUUCACAGACCCAAAUAAAUCUUUCAGCUAAAAUAUUCACCUGACAAAAUCUUCAAAAUUCGGUCGGCUCGUUUUAGAUUAAAAUACUGAUAUGAAAUGACAUGUCGCUCCGAUACGACUUAUAUAUAUUUAGUGCAAAUGUACAUUUUUUUUUUUUAGAGCAAUGAUUCUAAACUGAUCCAAAUUGGAUUUACUUUUAGCCAAACCACUUAUCCAAUUUUCUGGUUGUGUGGAAACGUCUGUGGCUGUAUGGCCUUUUUCUUCAAGUUCUUCCUCUCACACAGCUGCUGUUGAUUGAACCCUGGCUCUUUUAGUUACACUUUGUGCUCUUCAAUGCUGAAUGUUGAGCGUGUUGUGUUAGUGUUAAGAUGAGAUCAAACAUUUCUAGUAUGUUGUUUUUUUUUUGUGUCUCUGUUGUACAUCUAGACACUGAAGAGCAGUAGGGAACUCGCUGAAUCGGAAAAAAGUCGACAACACUUUGCCCUGGAUGUGUAAUCUGUCAUUGUGUCCGAAUGAACCCGGAGUUGCACGGUGUUCAGUCAUCCAGGUUACGUCUAAUGUCUUGUAGUAGUGAGGUUAACAACUAGGGCAUGAUUUCUAGAUCGUUAUCUAAAGCAUAGGUUCUCAAACUGGGGUUCAGGUACAUCCACUACAGAGGUCUGAGAAUUAUUCAUGUAUUUAUGGCGGUAAAAAUCACAGCCCACUUUUAAUAUUAUUACUGAAUCGUUCCUAUUCCCCCAGAGUUGUUGUUGUGAGGCCGUCUGCCUCUCAUUAAUAAACACACUUUACACAUUCAAAUAAUGAGGCUAAUAUCUGAACGAGUUUUGUUUACGCUCGUGAAUCAGUGCUGAGAGAAUUUCUGUAGAAUUUAUUUUCUAUAGUCCAAAAGAGUCUCUGACUGCAAAAAGUUUGAGAACCUGUGAUUUAGACUUAAUACUACAGGACAGAUUAUACUAAUAAACAAUGUAUUAAAGUCAGAAAACAGUACAAAGAGUUUCACUGGGGGAAAAAAAAUCUAUGCAAGUAAAAAAGGAAAAGCAAAUUCAUGGAAUGUGUAUAAUUAGCAGAGAGAUUAGUAUGUAAGAGCUCGACUUAUCCAACUCAUUGAAACUCAUUUCUAGAGUGCUUUACUAAUGCACUACUUAUUUCAAGCUUGAAAUGGUCUCGUUUUUGAUCAUAUUUUCUGGAAAAAUAUAAACCAAAAGCGAAAUGAUCCACUCAUUAUCUGUUUUGAGGCUAAAUUACAGCCGUGUCUAAAAACAGACAUAUUAACCAUCUAAAUGGUGGAAUCUGCCUCCAUUGGAGAGAUUUCUACUUGCUUAGAUAUGAUGUGUGGCAGUGCUCCAGUGUUUGAACAUUUUAGCGAUGUUUUAAUCGACCAUUCCUUCUGCAUGCAUGUUUGAAGCAUGCGUGUUUUAGCAGUCGCUUGCGAAAUCUGGUCUAUUCUGGUGUAAAACCAGUACUGUAACGGUGUGUGCAGGAAGCAGCAUCGUGCUGUAGUUGACUGAGUAAUAAUCCUGGUUGUGUGUAUACUGUAGAUAUGUUUACAUGGAUACUUGCUAGGAGCCCAGGCUUUGGUUACAAAAGUCUAGAGAGGCUCAGUGCUUUGUACGUUCCCUUUCCUCACUAUUCCAGCUAACUGACUCAGUUCACUUAAGCUGCAAAUGCUUUUUUUAGGUGGUGCGUGCGUGUGUGUGUGCGUGUGUGUGUGCGUGUGUGUGUGCGUGUGUGUGUGUGCGUGUGCCUGUGUGUGUGCGUGGUUAAGGGGAAUCCAGUGUUUUAAAGGACUGUUACUACGGCAGCCAGUACGAUGCUUCUGCUGACGUAUUAAACUAUUAUAACUCUGCCUCUCGCUUUACUGUGCAUGCCUUUCGUUUAGCUGCUCUUAUUUAAUAUCCAUAUCUGUAUUUAUGUCUUUUAUUUUGCAGCAGUAACUGUACAUAAAGACCCCUUUUUUGUUGUACUUCCACCUGUGAUAGAAUCUGUAAACACCAUUUGCUCUAGAUAAAGCAAAACCUCUGAGUUUCACA